CGCGCUGCAUCCCCCCACCGGGAAGGAGCCGGUGUGUGCUCUUCCCUUGCGGGAGUCUCAGGGGAGAGGCGAGCAUGUCGGGUCGCGGAAAGCAGGGCGGCAAGGUGCGGGCGAAGGCCAAGUCGCGGUCGUCGCGCGCGGGCCUGCAGUUCCCGGUGGGCCGCGUGCACCGGCUGCUGCGCAAAGGCAACUACGCCGAGCGGGUGGGCGCCGGGGCGCCCGUGUACCUGGCGGCGGUGCUCGAGUACCUGACUGCCGAGAUCCUGGAGCUGGCGGGCAACGCGGCCCGCGACAACAAGAAGACGCGCAUCAUCCCGCGCCACCUGCAGCUGGCCAUCCGCAACGACGAGGAGGCCGGUUUUCCUUUUGUGUCUCUGAGAACUGGUUUGUUCGGUUUUGUCUGCUAA